CACUUUUAGAACUGGUAAGCACCCUAUACGUGCUUCUUUGUUAUUGGCUAAUGUCUUCUCUCUGUUUCUCUUCCUCUUCGUCGACGUUGGAGAAACAAGAGCCUGAAUCGUCAUCAUCGGAGGAGGCGCAAGCUGUGACUCCGUGGGUCGUCUCCGGUAAUGUCGAUCACGGGAAGGUGAUCGAAAAGUUCGGCUGCGAUAGGAUAGACGAGUCGCUGAUUUGCGUGUUUGAUGAUUCGGUUUUUUUUUGUGUGUUUGAUGAUUCGGUUUUUGAUUUGCAUUGAUGGGGAUGUUAAAAGUUAUGUUCUUUUGGCUGAGUGAGGAUGAAUGGGUUGAACAAAGUAACCAGGAGAGGGGAGAACAAAGUAACCAGGACUCUUGGGUCUCGGGAAUUCAUGCGAUACUACAAACAGAAGCCACCACCAUCUUCUCAGAAACACAUUGUCGACUCUCUAGCCACGAGGAGACAGUUUGAUUUGGCGAAUAGGGAAGCAAUGGAUGAAUCUGCAGAAUGGCGGAGAAUGUUUGACUGUGAAGCUGAGAAAGCUUCUAACUGUAACUCAGAGCUGGCACUGGAAAAUGCAGCAUUGCUCAGUAAGAUAGAGACAUUAAAACAAGAGCUGGAAGCUUCAAGGUUAUAGUGCCGUUCAAGAGAGGCACCCCAUUAGAUUGGUUUUCUGUAGUAGACAUCCAGCGUUUGAUAUUAGCUCUCGCUCAUUCAGCUGCUGGUAAGAAAAUCUUAAACAUUUCAUUCUCAUGUAUAACAGUUGUCGUAGUAGGCGAUUUGUAGGCUCUUUUUGGAACAAUCAUACUAGCAAUACCUGUAAUAUACAUCAUCAUUUUCAUCACCUUGUAUCGAGAUAAUCCAUCUUAAAAUUCAAUUCACUGGAUUCAUGUGUUGUUUUCAGAGUA